GGCUAAAAAUGGGUUGUAUACAUAAAGGCAUUUAAUAAAUAUUCAGGAAAAUAUCACAGAGACAGUCAAAAAUCUAUUAUUAUAGUAAAAAUUGUUGCUGAAACAUUCACUGGCAUCAUUUUCCAUCUUUUUGGAGCUGAUGGAAGCUGCAGGUGAAGGUGCACAACAACCAUCUGGCGCGUGAAGUUUUCAUAAAACAACCAGCUCAACAAUCAGAAUAUGAAGUUGGUGAUUGUGGAGGCGAAAGUUGGAGGUUCAGCGGUCACUCAUUGGCUGUCCGGGUCCCAUAGAAACGGUGAUGUAGCGGCUGCAGGGGCCGGCUCUACCCGCAGCAGCUGAGGCGGAUCUGCAGCCUGAUUACGGCGCACAGCAGACUCCAACAUAAUUGAUGACCUAAUUGAAAAGCAGGAGGAGGAGGAGGAGGAGGAGGAUGGAGCCGGGGUGGAGGGGGUCACUCUCGGACAGGAGGAGAGAGAGAGACGCGCUCCAAUGAGGAAAAAGUUUACUUGUUCUUCCUCCGCACAGUCCCACAGCUGAGGGCAUUGAUGUGAGCGCAGAGGCUUUUCUGUUUUUUACGCGCACUUCUUUCCCCCCAUCUUCUCACCCUUCACACACGGAGCACAAAAAUCCACCUUCUCACCUUUAGUUUUUUAGCGCGUGUGUCUUGUGUUUCCUUUUCUUUCCCUUUUUCCUCCCUUUUAUGAAUGAUUCUCUCUCGCAGUCCUGCUGCCAAACUCUCCUCGGAUACCUCUCCGCAGCCGCCGCCGCCGCCGUCCUCGUCCAACGCACGACCUCACCUCGGCACAUCUUCUCUCCUCAAGCUCAAACGCCACCAGGACUUUCACUGCAGCUUCAGACGCACUUGGGGGAAAUAUCACUCGACGAGGAAAAACUUAAUACUUUGUGCAGCAGCAGAAGCAGCAGCAGCAGCAGCAGCGACCGUCAACAUGAGCCUGAAAGCGGACGCAGAGCCGAAUAACAACGUUUCCAUCGAGGAGGAGGUACGAACACUGUUUGUCAGUGGCCUGCCAGUCGAUAUCAAACCACGAGAACUUUACCUGCUCUUCAGACCUUUUAAGGGUUAUGAAGGGUCACUGAUUAAGUUAACAUCAAAACAGCCUGUCGGGUUUGUAACCUUUGACAGUCGAUCUGGAGCUGAAGCUGCAAAAAAUGCACUAAAUGGUAUCCGUUUUGACCCCGAAAGUCCCCAGACCCUGCGCUUAGAGUUUGCUAAAGCCAACACGAAGAUGGCAAAGAGUAAGCUGAUGGCCACACCGAACCCCACAAAUAUCCACCCCGCUCUAGGAGCACACUUCAUUGCACGGGACCCAUAUGAUCUGACAGGGGCAGCACUGAUCCCAGCAUCACCGGAUGCCUGGACUCCGUACCCUCUGUACACCACGGAGCUGACCCCCGGCCUCCCUCACGCUGCCUUCACUUACCCGGCGGCCGCUGCCGCUGCUGCAGCCCUCCACGCCCAGGUGAGGGACCAACCGAUGCGCUGGUACCCUACUCCCUCUGAGACUUCCCAGCCUGGAUGGAAGUCCCGGCAGUUUUGUUAGAUAUUUAGCCUCUGGAAACCACACCUUUGUCCAGCUGAAGUGAGGUUUGCCAAGCUCUUCAUUAAUUUAAUCAGGUUUAUUUAAUGGACAAAUGUGCAUUAUUAUAAACAAACAGUAUUUAUAUCUCCUCCCGAUUGUCUCUGGGGGGAGUCUGAGUUGAAACCAUCUUGCUGUCGACAAUCUAAGCUCAUCCUUGGCAACUAUUGCGGUACCAUCUUAGCACUUCAAAAUAAAAGCCUCAUGCAAAUCCCG